AUGGCCAUCGGGUGCACCGAGACGAAGGGCGCGGCCCGAGGGAACGUCAGCGUGGAGAAGCGCACGACGGUCGAGUGGGUGAACGACCAGCCGCCGGCGCACCACCUCAACCGGACCCAGACGCUCUUCACCAACCCAUGGGACUCCUGGCGGGCGGUCAACUGGCACGACUGGCCCAAGGCAAUCACCCGCGACCCAAGCGUGCCCAAAGACCUCGCGACGCUACUCCCGACGGUGAAGCCUGACUGGGGCAUGGCCCGUCCGGAGGGCGCAAAGGCGACGUGGCUCGGGUGCACACGCGGGUGGCUGGUUGAGCUGCCCGCGCCCGAGGGUGCCGCGCGCGGACCUAGAAUCCUCUUCGACCCGGUGCUCUCCAACCGCGCCUCGCCGUCCCAGUGGGCCGGUCCGGCGCGCCUGCUUCCCCCACCUGUUGUGGCGGAAGACAUCCCGGAAGUCGACGUGCUUGCGUUCUCGCAUAACCACUACGACCACAUGGACUGCAACACCACCACGACCACCCACAUCAACCUGCACGACUGGUGGGAGGAUUCCUCCGUGACCGUCGAGCUCCCGGCCAAGGACACAGACGCCCCGCGCGUCCCUGCGUCGUUCACGCUCGCGUGCACGCCGGCGCAGCACACCGCGGGGCGCACCGCGUUCGACCGCUGGCAGUCGCUCUGGCCGCGGCGGCCUCCGACCCGGGGCGCGCGCGCCGAAGCAGAUCUACUUCGCGGGCGACACCGGCUACCAGACUGUCAUGGCGGCGAGAAGGAGAAGGAGCGCGCGACCUGCCCCGUGUUCGCGGAGAUCGGGAACAAGUUCGGGCGGUUCGACCUCGCGCUGCUUCCCAUCGGAGCGUACAAGCCCCGGUGGAUGUGGUCGGGCCUGCAUGGGUCGCCCGCGGACGCCGUGGACAUCUUCAAGGACGUCAAGGCGGAGCGCGCCCUUGCUAUGCACUGGGGGACAUUCAAGCUAACGAUCGAGGACAUCAUGGAGCCACCCAGGUUGCUCAAAGAGUCCUGCGAGAAGGAGGGCAUUCCUGAGGGCAAGUUCACGACUUGUAAGUUGGGAGAGACAACGGUGGUCUAG